CGUGCUGGUUGCUGAUCAUUGUGUGCCAAGCCACUUCAUCGUGUCCACGUCACCCCCAGUACACGUCUGGGAGAGAACGACGCUUGUGAUUAGCCGAACACAUUGCCGCUUCGGAAACGGAAGAGCCACACUUGUAACACAGUGAUGAUAGCAGGUCCCCGCGAAUUUCCCUCGAAGCGUCGCCGAAGCAAAGCACCAGUGGUGCAAUCCGUGAAGACUCUACGCGCAGAAAAAAUGUCUAUGCUCCCACAGCAGAAAAUAUGGCUUUGCUAAGAGAAGUUUUUUCUCGUUCUCCUAGCGGGAGGUCCGCUUCCCAAUCCCGUUGAACAUCAUGGCAACGGAGGAAGCAUCCAGGAAUGUCGGAGCGGCCAAUGCAGCAGUUGACACAAUCACAUCAGCUGUUGUUGACCCCCGUCAACGCGAUUCAAGGACUAACUUAUUGGAUUGCAACGGCUCUACGGGUGGUGCGAAUUCUGGUGGGAAUGCUGUAGAUGACGAGUUGCACAGACACGGAGCAGCUUAUAACGAAUCUGCCAGGGUGGAAGGAGGGCGUGAUGGAGCUGCCGUGUUCCGCGUGGUGAUCGUGGGCGCGGGGCCAGCAGGUCUGGUUCUAGCGAAUCACCUGCUGACACGUGGGGGCGGCAGGUUCCACGUCAGCGUGGUGGAGAAGGGCGAGGACCCGCGAGAGAAGGUGGAAGAGGCGGUGGAGGUCGCGAGGAGGUAUUCCAUCGGGCUCAACGUCCGCGCAUUCAGAUGCCUGGAUGCUGUGCCUGGCCUGCUCAAGACGGUGCUUGCGUGCAUGGUUCCUAUUCGCCAGCUGUGCAUCGGCAUGACCUCCAAGCCAUCUGUCAUCCCUUUCAGCCACAAGGACCCUCCUGUCCUUCUGGCUGACCGCACUGCCCUCUGCUGUGCGCUGCUGCAGGCGCUGCUGGGGGAAGGUGCGCAGGGGGGAGACCAAGGAGGGGAGCGAAGGGGGGAGCGAGGGGGGGAUCAAGACGAGGGUGAGGGGGAGUGUGAAGGGAAAAGACCAGUGAAGGAUGGAAGGGAGAGAAGAGGGGAGAUUGGUGGAAGGGUAGGGGAGGAGAGUCAGGAAGGCGAGGAGCAUUCAGGGGGAUCCUCAAGGGAGAGUUUAGACCUGUAUUUCAACACUCGGUGCGAGGGCAUCAACAUCAAGAAGCACACGGUGACACUGCAGCCAGCUGAAUGCAGCGCCAGCGCCAGCCUGAAGCAAGCCGACUCUGAGCAGCCAGCAGCAUUGGGGGGGGCAGCAGCAGGUGCCGCGGAAGCGUUGGCAGCAGUGGGAAACAACCAGACUCGUGGUCGGGGUGCUGUGACUGCAAGCUGCCAUGCCUGCCAGCAGAAGCAGCAGCCAGUGACGCUCGGCUACGAUCUUCUGGUGGGGGCGGACGGGGUUUGCUCCACUGUCAGAAGCACUCUGGUUACCCGGACUAGGGACUUCGCCAUCGAGUCUCUCCCCAUCUUUGGCGAGUGGGCCGUGGCCUCCAUCCCCGCCCCUGCCUCCCUCCCCCCCUACUCCAUGAUUCUCGUUCCCAGGGUUCCCCGCACUCCUGGCAUAUCCGUGGUUGGGCUCCCAGCACAGGGCGGCAACCUCUGUCUUUUGUGGGCAUGGUCUGCCUUGGCGCGGCCCUCGGAUUGGCUGGCGCUGAGGAGCAAUGCUGAGGCCACAGAAGAGACGAAAGAGGCGGGAGGCGAGGGGAGAAGGCGUGGAGAAAUGGUGCCAAGGGAGGGUGGGAUGGAGGGUGGGAAGACGGCUGGAGGGGAGGGAAAUGCAGACAAAACGGUUGAACCAGAGGGAAUGGCUCAAGGGCUCAAUGGUACCAGCAGCAAGCGCAGGGGGCAUGAAGCGAGGGAGAGGGCCUUAGGGGGGGCAGAGCAAGAGCAGGGGGAGGGGGCCGAGAGGAGAAGCAGGGCCUUGGCGUACAUUGAGGAGAGGGUGCCGUGGCUGGGGAUGACGGCGGAAGGGGCGGAGACGCUGCUCAAUCAGCAGCCGCGCACAAGCAUGAGGGUCAAGUGCUGGCAAUAUCACGAGUCGGCCGCCCGGAUCGCUCUGAUCGGCGACUCAGCACAUGCCACGUGUCCCUCCCUAGGCCAGGGCUGCAAUGCUGCCAUCACCGAUGCUUCAGUGCUUGCUCGGCUGCUUCUGGGGGAGGUGGUAUCCAGAGACACACUUAUCCCUCCACACACGGAGGAAAGCACCUGGAAGCUGCUGCAGGGAGUGCAGUCCAGGGAAGGAAGCGGAAGGGUGGAGUUACACAGAGAGGUGAAGUGCGGUGCAAAUGGGUGCUCUGUCAGGAGUAGGUUGAGGAGCUCCCUUCAUAUGCUCUUCCGAACGUCUUCAAGGCUGACGACAGGGGUGGGCGGCAGAGUGGCGCCAGAGGCACCGGCGGACUCUGUGGAGGCUGAGAGGGGAGGGGAUGCGUCGUGGGGAGGAGUGGGUGCAUCACCGCAGCACCUAAGGAAACACCUUGCUGGGCUGCUUGCUCGGUACUCAGCCCUCCAGGUGCCAGAAGGUCAUGCUCUUGUCGACCUCUCUGACGCCGGGGCACCCAUCAGCAACCUCUACUCUGUUCUCUCUGCAGUGGACAUGAUUCUUCGAUCCCUCCUCGCCAAGUUCCUGCCUGCUUGGAUGGUUUCACCGCCCAUCCAAGUACUCUGCUCCAACACCACUCUCACCUACUCAGCCAUCCUCACGCGUUUCAGUGGGUGGGUAGCAGCGAUCAAUAGUUCAAACACCAGGCUGAGACACCUGUGGUAUAACAGCCAGAGAGAGGGUUUGCUCAAACAAGCAUAGUAUUUAUCGAGGGAGGGAGUGUUCUUCUCAACAGCUACUCGGACAACACCAGGCUGUAGUAGAUGUGAGAGUGGGACCAGGCAAAUGCCUGUGGAAAUGGCUCUAGCGGAGUUGAGCCACUCAAUAGUAGAAAGAUAGGAUAGGAUCAUAGUGUCCCUUAAGAAGCAAAAAACCAAACCCGAAGGUUUUGGUUUUGGGGGGUCUCGGCAAUUGCGAGGUGCGAUGAGGGGUGCUGGUUGGGCGUUGUAACUGUUUCUCAAAGUUCGUCAAUGUAAGGAAUUUUCCAUUCCUUACCGAGCGGUACUGCUAUCGCGUACGCUCGAACACACCUGAAGCCUCGGGAGUGUUCCAGACCUUCUGACAGAACCGCCUCGGUUUUUCCAGACUUUCCGGUUCGACCUUCGGGAGUUCUCCAGGCCUCGCUUCGUCACUUCGAGACCCUUCGAUCUCCUUCCCGAACCUUCCCAUCGCAUGGUU